CCCAAUGGGAGCGGCGAGCCGGCCUCCCCUUUAAGGAAUGUUGUGACCUGACGUCACCCGGGCGAGUUACCUCCCCGAGCCACCGCCGCCAGGCUCAGCUCACAGCCCCGGAGCCCUUGAGCGCGAGGCGCGGAGCCCCCGAACCUCAGACAGAGCCCCAAGCCUCGCGCCCCGGAGCCCCGGCCUGCGCGCCCCGCCGGGCCCGCGCGAUGCCCUCGGACCGGCCUUUCAAGCAGCGGCGGACCUUCGCCGACCGCUGUAAGGAGGUGCAGCAGAUCCGCGACCAGCACCCCAGCAAGAUCCCGGUGAUCAUCGAGCGCUACAAGGGUGAGAAACAGCUGCCGGUCCUGGACAAGACCAAGUUCCUGGUCCCAGACCAUGUCAACAUGAGCGAGUUGGUCAAGAUCAUCCGGCGCCGCCUGCAGCUGAACCCGACUCAGGCCUUCUUCCUGCUGGUGAACCAGCACAGCAUGGUGAGCGUGUCCACACCCAUUGCGGACAUCUAUGAGCAGGAGAAGGACGACGACGGCUUCCUCUACAUGGUCUACGCCUCCCAGGAAACCUUCGGCUUCUGAGCCAGCAGUAGGGGGGGGUUGGCCUGGGAGUGGGGGGGGCCCUGUCAGGCUAUGCCCAGGGAGCUCCUGGCUCCUGGACUGAACUGCCUCUGCCCAGGAUGGGCUAGGCAGGGAGGCCUCCCCCCCUAGUCAGGGGGCACCAACCACGCCUACUUUGCCCCUGGGUGGAUGCGUGCCAGCCAUUGUUAGGGUUGCCCCCCACCCCCCCGCCCCCUGGGGUGCUGGCUGGGAUGGGGGAGGGAAGGGAACAGCCCCCAGCACCCCUGCUCCCUGUGAUUUGUCUUUUUUUUAGGCCCCUGCCCAUCUGCCCCUCCCUCACCUGAGGCGCUGCCCCCCCUGCCUGGACCUGCCCACCCCUGAAGGACUGGCCCCUGGCUCACCUGGUCUUGAUAUGGUGUAUGGAUCUGUGGUCAUUGUCCCUCUGCAGAAUAAAGAUUGCUCAGGCCUGCCUGGC